GCCGCCCUGGUCGAUGUCACCACAGCUCUGGAGACAGAGUCUGCCAACGGAAAGGACCCCCUGGAAGCGGCUGGGGACAACUCCGAAGUCUUGGAUGCUCAGGCAGGCUCGGUGGAUGAAGAGAACGGACGGCAGCUUGGGGAGAUCGAGCUGCAGUGCGGCAUCUGUACGAAGUGGUUCACAGCGGACACGUUCGGCAUCGAUACCACGUCGUGUCUGCCCUUCAUGACCAACUACAGUUUCCACUGCAACGUCUGCCAUCACAGCGGGAACACGUAUUUCCUAAGAAAACAAGCAAAUCUCAAGGAAAUGUGCCUCAGCGCUCUGGCCAACCUGACGUGGCAGUCGAGGACGCAGGACGAGCACCCGAAAACCAUGUUUUCAAAAGACAAGGAUAUCAUCCCCUUUAUCGAUAAGUACUGGGAGUGCAUGACCACGCGGCAGAGACCGGGGAAGAUGACCUGGCCUAAUAACAUCGUCAAGACGAUGUGUAAAGAAAGAGAUGUUUUCUUGGUGAAAGAGCAUCCCGACCCAGGGAGCAAAGACCCGGAAGAGGAUUACCCCAAGUUUGGACUUCUAGACCAAGAUCUUGCCAACAUCGGGCCGGCCUACGAUAACCAGAAGCAGAACAGCGCUGUGUCCACGGGCGGAAACUUAAACGGGGGAAUCGCCGCCGGAGGCAGCGGGAAGGGACGGGGAGCGAAGCGCAAGCAGCAGGACGGAGGGACCACGGGAGCAGCCAAGAAAACCAGGAGUGACCCGUUGUUUUCCGCCCAGCGCUUGCCGCCCCACGGUUACCCCUUGGAACACCCCUUUAAUAAAGACGGCUAUCGGUACAUCUUGGCGGAGCCCGACCCCCACGCACCUGACCCGGAAAAAUUGGAGUUAGACUGCUGGGCGGGAAAGCCGAUUCCUGGGGAUCUCUACAGAGCCUGCCUUUACGAACGAGUCCUCCUGGCGCUGCACGACCGAGCUCCCCAGUUAAAGAUUUCCGACGACAGGCUGACUGUGAUCGGCGAGAAGGGCUAUUCCAUGGUACGAGCCUCGCACGGCGUGCGGAAAGGAGCGUGGUACUUCGAAAUAUCCAUGGAUGAGAUGCCUCCAGACACGGCUGCCAGAUUAGGCUGGUCACAGCCCUUAGGGAAUCUCCAGGCGCCUCUGGGGUAUGACAAGUUCAGUUAUUCCUGGCGCAGCAAAAAGGGAACGAAGUUUCACCAGUCGAUAGGGAAACACUAUUCCUCUGGCUACGGGCAGGGUGACACGCUGGGGUUCUACAUCAGCCUUCCCGAAGACACCGAGACUGCCAAAUCGCUGCCCGACACUUACAAAGACAAGGCUUUGAUCAAAUUCAAAAGCUACUUGUACUUUGAGGAGAAGGACUUUGUGGACAAAGCAGAGAAGAGCCUAAAGCAAGCGCCCGGCAGCCAGAUAAUAUUCUUCAAGAACGGUGCCAGCCAAGGAAUCGCCUUUAAGGACAUCUUUGAGGGAGUUUAUUUUCCUGCUAUUUCCUUGUACAAAGGCUGCACGGUUUCUAUAAACUUUGGGCCAUACUUCAAGUACCCCCCCCGAGAUGUCACGUACCGGCCGAUGAGCGACAUGGGCUGGGGGGCUGUGGUGGAGCACACGCUGGCCGACGUUCUCUACCACGUCGAGACGGAAGUGGACGGGGGGGGGAGACGCCCCCGGGG